ACGAUCGGAAUGACGAUUGUUUUUCCUAACCCUCGUUACUCUCGUUAGCUCGCUACGCAGUCGGAUACGGACGGAUUGUCAAAUUCCUUCGGUAGUUAUUUCAAUUACGAGGUUUACAGAGUUUAAUACCGAAGAAAUCGAUAUAGUGAUGAAAAGAUUGAUAUUGUACGUGCGGGUACGUGGAAAAGAUAAAAAUACAACUUGUGGAGGCAGUAUAACCUAAAAAGCCACACAGAUAUUUAGUUUUCGGUUUUUUACCCUAAUGAGAAGAUACAUUGAUAUUUGAGGAAGGAUUACAACAGACAUUUAAGCUAUUUAGCUUAUGCGAUAUACUUCAUCCUGACGAACAGAUAUUCACGAUAUUGUAUUUACGAAUAUUAAACAAGCAGAAACUAAUUCAAGAAAGGAUUACAACCCAAAAGCUCAAGGUAGAUAUUGAGUUUGCGUAGUAUUUUUAGAAAAAACAAAAUAUCUCAACAUGGUUUGCGAGAAAUGCGAGAAGAAAUUGGGCAAAGUUAUCACUCCGGAUCCCUGGAAGACGGGCGCGAGGAACACGACAGAGGGCGGAGGUCGUAAGGUUGGUGAGAACAAAGCUCUUUCCGCGGGAAAGGCACGAUUCAAUCCGUAUACCACAAAAUUCGAGAUCUGCAGAAUAUGCAGGCAGAAAGUUCACCAAGUGGGAUCCCAUUAUUGCCAGUCCUGCGCGUACAAGAAAGCUAUAUGCGCUAUGUGUGGCAAGAAGCUGAUGAGUACAAAGAAUUACAAGCAGUCGGCUACGUAAUAUUUCUAAUAAUGAUGUGGACAUAUUUGAAACGAAUAGUUUAUCAUGAACAUAUAAGUUUACCAAACGGUCAAAUAGAUUUAUGGAUAAAUAAAUUUAAUGAUUAAAUAUAAAAUCUUGAAAUUAUCAUAAAAGACAUAUUAACAUAUAAUUAUUGU